UUCUUUCCUUUCUUCGGCUUUUGUUUUAUCACUUCUUUAUUUCCUUACGACGCUCAUUGAUACCCCUCUAUCCGUUUAUACGUAAAUUGUUUCUUUUCCUUUCUUUCCAUCCUCCUGGAGUCGAUGGCGGUCGGAGUCAAGAAGGAGUCAAGUCGAGGAGAUGUGCACGGCUUGCUACAGAAAGCAGGAUCCACAGGACUGUAUAGACUCACACAACGGUGCUGUACGAGGUGGACAGCUACUCGUUCAGUCUUCAAAAGCGGAUUCCUUUCGAAGAAGAAAAAAGCAGAUGAUGAGGAAGAGGAAGAGGAGAGGCGGACAGGUGGCUACGUUGUAUCAAAAUUGAAUAGGUUUUCCUUUCUUCCUCUCUUUGUUUUGGCAAGGUCACAAUAUGAGAAUAUUUGCAAUCAUCGCGUGAUGUAUAUUU